UUUCUUUCGUUGUCGAGGGGUGGGAGUAAUAGAGUGACUGCUUCCGGGUUGCUGGGUGACCUUGAACCUUUGGGAGAAAGAUGGCGAAUCUCUGGCGGCUGGGUGUCCUGUGUGGUGCGCAAGGAGGCCGAGCUCUGUUUCUCCGAAUUCCAGUAGUCAGACCUGCUUAUGUCUCAGCAUUUCUCCAGGACCAACCUACCCCAGGACAGUGUAGAACACAGCACAUUCACCUGUCACCCAACCACCAUGCUGGUUCCAAGGCUUCAUCUCUCCACUGGACUGGUGAGAGGGUGGUCAGUGUUUUGCUCCUGGGCCUAAUUCCAGCUGCUUAUUUGAAUCCCAGCUCUGCGAUGGACUACUCCUUGGCUGCAGCCCUCACGCUCCAUAGUCACUGGGGCCUUGGACAAGUGGUUACUGACUACGUUCACGGAGAUGCUUUGCAGAAAACCGCCAAGGCAGGAGUUUUGGCCCUGUCAGCUUUAACCUUUGCUGGGCUGUGUUAUUUCAACUAUCAUGAUGUGGGCAUCUGCAAAGCUGUUGCCAUGCUGUGGAAGCUCUGACCUUUUUGACUUAAUACCACGAGAAUUGAUUGUACACCUCUUUGCCUCUGCUCUGUCAUGCCAUUGAACUCACAAUAAGGAGGAAGUAACAGAUAAGUCCAUUGGUGAGACACACCUCUUCUCCUAAUCGCCUGGUUAUUUUUAGAAUUCAGUCUUUGAGGAAAAGGUUUGAGAGAAAUUGUAUCCAAGUAAUUUGGGGACUGAGUUCCUUGUUCUGGUGAGUUUAUGGGGUUGUCUCCCAGCUUCUCACAAGACUCAGCAUAACUAAACAUUGCAUAUGAGCUUUUGCCUGUUAGCUUUUCAGAUUCUUAAAGGGAAUUCAGCUUUAUUACUAUCAAUACCUGAUCAAACGUCUAUGUUUGUCCUGGGAAGGAUGGUGAAAGGGAAAGACUGUUCAUUCACAAGUAAAAGACUUUGCAGAAAAUCAGUCCGUGUUUAAUUUUUGAAAACUUCCCUCUCUGUUAUACCAGUUAUUAAUGGUUACAUGUCCUAGGAAAAUUUUAAAGUUAGGAAAUCCUGCUCUUUGACAUUACUCGUUUCUAACGCUUGGGAGGAGGAGCCUGGAGAGCUUCUGAGUGUAGAAAAAUUCCAUGUAGGGAAGAGGUACCCUUAUAGAUGUAUCAAAAUAUUACAGAUUCUGAACUGAGACUUAAUCCUCAAAUGUGUUUAUUUUACUUGUCCUAAUGUUCUACAAAUAUAAAACUGUAAGUAAUAAAUUGUUAUUUUCCCACUGUAGGAAUCUCUAAUGUGAAAAUGUAUUCUAUGAAAUAAAGUUUUUUUAAAAAUAAAA